AUGGAUGAUCUCUCGGGACUGGACUGGUCGUCGUCGGCCAACAAGUCGGCCACCAACAAACCACCGCCGAUGAACCCCUCGGGCGCCAAUUACUUCGGCUCGAUGCCCGCGCGACAGACGACCUCGACGCCAUCUCCGUUCCCCUCCGGUCGCAACACGCCUCUGUCGGCGCAGGGAUCCGGUGCCGUCGCCGCGAAGCCCCCAGCUGCGAAGCCACCCGCCGAUAGCUUCAGCAACUUGAUGAACCUGGCCGGCGGUGCUCCGAAGUCGACGGCGAACCUGAGCUUGCGCGAGCAACAGCAGCGACUCGAGGCCGAGAAGAGGAAGAAGGAGGAGGAGAGAAGGAAGCAGGCGCAGGCGCAAUUCGGCGGAGGGUUCCUGGACACCCUGGGCUCGGGCAACGUGUCGCGGACUACGUCGCCGGGCAUCUUGUCACCCGGCUCGUCGACCGGCAAGAAGGCCAGCGAUGACGAUGACCUGUUUGCCGCGUUCAAUGCCGAGACCAAGGUCGACAACGCCAGCCACUACCCGCCGCCGCCCCAAAAGAGCCCCUCCCCCGCGCACACCCCAGGACUGAACCUCAGCGACCCGAGCGCGUGGAAUAAGCCCGCCCCUCCAGCCAACAACGGUGGCUUCGGAGAUGAUGAUGACCCGUUCGGUCUGAACCAGCUCAAACCCAAGGCUGCUUCUCCCGCGCCCCAGCCGACGAUUGACGACGAUGACUUCCUCGGCGACCUGGGACGGCCGGUGGAGGAGGUCCGGCGCAAGCAGCCACCUCCGGAACCCAAGCAGAAGCAGCCGGAACCUGGCAAGCCAAUUGAGGAAUCCGAAUCGAGUUCCGACGAUGAGCCGCCCGCUCCCCGUGGCGAGAUGGCCGAGUUCGACAGAGCUGUCGCCCAGCUUGUGGACUACGGAUUCACCCCCGAAAACGCGCGGCGGGGUCUGACGGAGAGCGGUGCGGGGUUGAAUGUGCAGGCGGCCGCCAACUGGCUUCUCGACGACGCGCAUCGCCAAGCCAAGGCGAAGGCGCAAGGCAAGGAUCCGGCCGCCGCCUCGAGAAGGGGACGCGACGACGGACGACACGACGCCCAGCGGAGAGCUGAUACGAGGUCGCCCGCCAGCGAAGCGGACUUCUCAAAGUCUGCCGCCGCCGUGGGGAACAGCCUGUUCAAGACGGCCAACUCGCUAUGGAAGACUGGAAAGAAGCAGGUGCAGCAGGCUGUCGCAGACUUCAACCAGGAAGGGGGAGACCCGAACCAGCCCAAGUGGAUGCGGUCCGCGCAGCAGGAUCGCACGCAGGCCCCGGAGAAGCGGCGUACCGAGGCCACGGACGAGGCCAUGAUGCUGGAGUCUGGCGGCCGGCCACCGAGGAGAACUGGCCAGUCGUCGCAGUCGCCGAGGCCGGAAGCUCCUCGCAGAACUGCGUCUCCAAGGGACUUUUCUCCUGCGCCAUCGGCGCCUUCGAGCGGACGUGGUACACCUGUUCCUAAGUGGCAGCAGCAGGCCGGCCCCGCGGUGCCGGAUUCAAGAACACGCGCCAGCAAGCUGGCCAUGGCAGACGACGGUGCAGCGUCAUAUGUCAGCCCUGCCCGAAGGAAGAAGGCCACGCCUCAGCCCGAGCAAACACCGCCUCCCAGGCAGGAGGAACCUGAUUUACUCUUCAACUCCCAGGCGCCCAAGUCGGCCCCGUCGCAGUCGCUGCCACAGCGACCUGCGCAACCGUCCCAAUCUUCUCAGCCCGCACGACGUCCGGCAUCACCCAAGCCCGCACCUCGCCCCGCGCGGCACAUCCCCCCAAUCACACCCGCUGCGGUACAGCAGUCCACGAAGCACCGUCUAGACGGAACGGCACACUUCAAGCGCGGAGACUACGCCGCCGCGCAGUCUUCCUACUCGUCGUCUCUGGCCGCCGUACCCGCAUCUCAUCCCCUGGCGAUCGUCAUUCUGACAAACCGCGCACUGACCGCCCUCAAGACCGGUGAGCCCAAGGUGGCAGUCGAGGACGCCGACGCCGCUCUCAAGAUCAUCGGUCCCGCCGGUGGCCAGGGCGAGCAGGUGACCGUCGUGGGCGACAACGGCGGCGAGGAGAAGCGCGACAUGCGCGACCUCUACGGCAAAGCCCUCAGCCGCAAGGCCGAGGCCCUCGAACAGAUGGAGCGCUGGGGCGACGCCCACGCCGUGUGGUCGACCUGCGUCAAGAACGGCGUCGGGGGCACCACGGCCAUCUCCGGCCGCCAGCGGUGCCAGGCCGCGCUGGCGCCGAAGCCGAAACCGAAGCCCAGACCCGCGGCGGCGGCUCCCGCCCGUCCUCGGCCCGCCGCGGCGACGACACCCGCCAAAAGCUCUGAGGCCGUCGACCGCCUGCGCAAGCAGAACCUCGCGGCGGCCGCCGAGGACGACGAGAAGUUCGCGCUCUCGGAGAAGGUCGACGCCAGGAUCGCGGCGUGGAGGGACGGCAAGAGGGAUAACCUGCGCGCCCUCAUCGGCAGCCUGGACCAGGUCCUCUGGGAGGGCAGCGGGUGGAAGAAGGUCGGGCUGCACGAGCUCGUCAUGGCGAACAAGGUCAAGAUCAACUACAUGAAGGCCAUUGCCAAGUGCCACCCCGAUAAGCUUCCUCAAGACGCCAACACGGAGGUGAGACUCAUAGCCGCGACGGUCUUUGCCACGUUGAACGAGAGCUGGGAUAAGUUCAAGUCGGAGAAUGGGUUGUAA